AUGGCACCAAAUGUUGUUUCACCUUUUGAAGAAUAUAUUCCUUGGGCGAUAAGACCGUUAGCAAAGAGAUUAUUACACCUCAAUGUUACAAAGGAAUUUUAUAAAUUUUCCAAACUUGAAGAUAUCUCCGUCGAAUACCUUUUGUUAAUUUGCAAAGAUUUUACCCCUUAUGAACUAAUUUCCCUCGCUGGAACUUGCAAGCGGUUGAGAGAGUUGCUCAUGUCUGAUGAUGCCGCUGUACAAUCGAUAUGGCGUAAUUCAAGGCUCCAACACAUGCGUUACCUUCAAUUACCCCCUCCAUAUCUUCUAACUGAACAAGAAUAUAUCGGAUUAACAAUGUUGGAACGAGGUUGUCAAUUUUGCGGAAAAAGAAAAAAUUGGGUGCGCGUAUACUGGCGAUACCAAGUGCGCUCAUGCUAUGAAUGUUACAAACCAAGAUUCGUAAGUGGUAAUGCUCCGCAAAACAAAAAUAAUACUCCUGAAACUACUACAUAUUUGGCCGACCUAAAAAACCGGGAAGCCAGCGAUCGAAAACAACUUCGAGUGACGAUUGCGCAAAGGAAGCAAAAAUUGACCGAUAUUUUACACGAAUUGGAAUCCGAAACGAUCGAAGAAGACGGUUGUGAAAACCUUCGUUUGUUCAAGUAUGAUCCAAAACUCUUGAGACAAUGUCCUUCAUAUAACGCGGAGUGGCGCUUAUAUGAUCAACCAUUUUCGAAUGGGGACGAAUCAAAAUUGAGAAAAUUUAUGGAAAAUGAAUACAGGGUCUUGGUAGAAAAAUUAUAUUCCCAAUCACAGGAGUCACGGGAGUCACGGGAAUUUCAAGAAUCUCAAUAA